CCCAAGGCCAACAACCCACGCGGACCGAUUACCACGCCAUGCACGCGAUCUAGCACCCUCACCCUUGGCAGACCUGACCUCAAUCUCUAGGAUUUGGCAAUUUCUUCCUGGCGGAGAUUGUUUUGCGGCUGCAAUUCGUUGUUCUGCUGGCGGCGGGUUGCAAAACUUGCGCUAAGGACGUCUCCACCUCCAGAAUUAAUGGCCGAAGAUUUUUGCAUAUAAGGCUCACUCACUACCCAGACACAAUGCACACUUCGGCGACGAAGGGUGCGUGUGUCUAAGACAAUUCGACUCCGCUCGUGCACUUGCAACAAUGGAGAAGUUCGACACAGUUAAUAUCAUCCCUGGGGAGCAACACCAAGAAAUCACCGGCAUGGUUUCGGCGGAGCGAGCGUGGACGACGCGUGAGCCAUAUGGGCCGUCUGGCUUCAAGGGGCUUUUCAGCAACUACUAUGUCGCUCUAUGUGCACUUUUCGCCACCAUUGGCGGCCUGUUGUUUGGCUAUGACCAAGGUGUCAUAUCUGUCACACUUGUCAUGGAUCAAUUCUUAAACCGCUUCCCGCGGGUCUCCGAGACUGCUUCCGGCGCUGGCUUCUGGAAAGGUCUUAUGACCGCUAUGCUGGAACUCGGUGCUCUGCUCGGAGCCUUGUUCGCCGGAUAUCUUGCGGACAGACUGUCAAGGAAGCGAUCGAUUGUGGUCGCAGUCAUCAUAUUCACUGUAGGGAGCAUACUCCAAACCGCAGCACAAGAGUAUGCCAUGCUCACCGUUGGACGCUUGAUCGGAGGUGUGGGAAUCGGCAUGCUUGCCACCAUCUCUCCCUUGUACAUCUCCGAGAUUGCGCCUCCGGAGAUCCGUGGCGCCCUUCUCGUUCUUCAAGAGUUCAGCAUUGUUUUCGGCAUUGUAGUCGCGUUCUGGACUACGUAUGGCACACGCUACAUGCCCAGCGAAUGGUCGUGGCGCCUACCUUUCCUCAUCCAGAUGAUUCCGGGCAUCACCCUAGGCGUCGGCAUCAUGUUCCUGCCGUACUCUCCUCGCUGGCUAUCCUCCAAGGGUCGCGAUCAGGAAGCACUGCAAGUCCUUUCGCAGCUAAGACGUCUACCGGAGAGCGAUUCCCGCGUCUUCCAAGAGUGGUGCGAGAUCAGAGCUGAGGUCGCCUUCACGCGGGAGGUCAACGCGGAGAAGCAUCCGCUGCUACAAGAAAACACUAGAGCAAACCGCAUCAAGCUCGAGAUCGCUGCGUGGGGUGACUGCUUCAGACAUGGUUGCUGGCGAAGGACGGUCGUGGGUGUCGGCAUCAUGUUCUUCCAGCAAUUUGUCGGCAUCAACGCGCUCAUCUACUACUCCCCGUCCCUCUUCAAGACUCUUGGCCAGGACUACGAAAUGCAGCUCCUCCUCUCCGGCAUCAUAAAUUGCACACAACUCGUCGGCGUCGUGACGUCUCUCUGGACCAUGGACCGUUUCGGCAGGCGACUGCUGCUCCUUGUAGGCGCUGCUCUGAUGUUCAUCGCGCACCUGAUCAUCGCUGUGCUAGUCGGCAGGUUCGGCCACGCAUGGACUGACUAUAAGACCGAGGGCUGGGUCGCCGUGGCCUUCCUCUUCUUUUACAUGUUCAGCUUCGGCGCGACGUGGGGACCCGUUCCCUGGGCUAUGCCGUCAGAGAUCUUCCCGAGCUCGUUGAGGGCCAAGGGUGUUGCUCUGUCCACGUGCUCGAAUUGGCUUAACAAUUUCAUCAUUGGUCUCAUCACCCCACCUCUUGUACAAAAUACCGGAUACGGCGCGUACACCUUCUUCGCAGUCUUCUGUGCGCUCGCGUUCAUGUUCACAUUCUUCUGUGUUCCCGAGACCAUGGGAAGAACGCUGGAGCAGAUGGACGCCGUUUUCGGAGACGUCAGCAGUGAGGAAGAAGAGGCGAGGAAGGUGCGCAUCGAACGGCAGAUCAUCGCUGAGCAAAGAAACGAUGCUGUGGCGAAGCCUUGAGCAAAUUAUACAGGAGAGUUCGUUAUAAAUACGGCAAGACAUGGAAGCGUUGUAGCUUCCUUUCGUAUCACGGCGAUACUCAAAACCCGUGCUAGAAAUUCAAUUAUGGUUAACCCAACAAGUCAAUUGGGU